AGAUGUCACCGUUGCUCACGUGUCUCCAGCAGCCCCUUGAAGGUGAUUUUCCUCGUGCGCAGCUCUUCUGGACAUUACCGCCCUGUCUGUGUUGUCAACAUGCUAACCAGCGCGAAGCCAGGGCGAAAUGAUUCCCAACAAGCCGGUGCUAUUGAAGCAGACGCUCACGCGGUUUCUUCAGAUUCUUGUGGGAUGCCAUUUAGCCGGCUAGCUCCGUAAACACACCUGUGUGAACACACCUGUGUCGGCCUCCCUUUCAUCUCAGUCUAGACUGGGGACAAAAUGACACACCAGAGUGUCCGCCGCUGGACGCCCAAACACGUCGCCAAGUGGCUGAAGGAAGAAGGCUUCUGUGACUAUGUAGACCUGCUGUGCAACAAGCACCGACUGGACGGCACCAGUCUACUCGCCCUCAGUGAAUACGAUCUGCGCUCACCUCCUCUAGAACUCAAGGUGCUGGGUGACAUCAAACGCCUCAUGGUGUCCAUCCGCAAACUCCAGAAACAGAACAUUGAUGUGUUGGAGGAACUAGGACUCCCCUACGACGGACACUCUCCCACAGGAUCGGGAGGCAGUUUGGACUGGCUGUGUAAUGGAGACCCGGGCAGAGACUGUGACAGCACUGACACAGCUCCUGUGGGAGAGGAGUACCACCAGUAUACUAACGGGAAAUACAAACAGCAGACGAGACGACUGGAUCCAGAGUACUGGAAGACUGUGCUCAGCUCUGUCUAUGUUGUUUUUGUGUUUGGAUUCACCUCCUUCGUCAUGGUCAUAGUGCAUGAAAGAGUCCCUGACAUGCGCACAUACCCUCCACUGCCUGACAUUUUCCUUGACAGUGUGCCUAGAAUACCUUGGGCCUUUGCCAUGGCUGAAGCAUGUGGAGUAAUCCUCUGUAACAUCUGGGUGCUGGUGCUGCUGCUCCAUAAACACAGGUCCAUCCUCUUGAGGCGUCUGUGCAGCCUGAUGGGGACGGUGUUCAUGCUGCGCUGCAUCACCAUGUUCGUCACCUCCCUGUCUGUGCCAGGACAGCACUUGCAGUGCUCAGGAAAGAUGUAUGGUGACAUGUGGGCCAAACUGCAGCGAGCUGUGGCCAUCUGGAGCGGAUUCGGGAUGACACUGACAGGAGUGCAUACGUGUGGUGACUACAUGUUCAGCGGCCACACAGUGGUCCUCACCAUGCUCAACUUCUUUGUUACAGAGUACACGCCAAGAAGCUGGAACUUCAUCCACACGCUAUCCUGGGUCUUGAAUCUCUUUGGCAUUUUCUUCAUCCUGGCUGCACACGAACACUACUCCAUCGACGUGUUCAUAGCCUUCUACAUCACCACCAGACUCUUCCUGUACUACCACACACUAGCCAACACCCGGGCCUACCAGCAGAGUCGACGAGCUCGCAUCUGGUUCCCCAUGUUCUCUUUCUUCGAGUGCAAUGUCAAUGGACCAGUUCCCAAUGAAUACUGUUGGCCCUUCUCGAGACCGGCUGUGAUGAGGAGGCUGAUUGGAUAAUGAACAGAAUCAGCAGUACUGUCAGACACUUUGUAGCCUGUGCUGUUACGUCUGCUUUGUCAAGUUGCCAACCGAAGCAGUGUGCUCUAUUUACAAUAACAAAGACAACCGUGUGGUCCUGUAAGCACCAAGGCCUGAUGGAAUACACAGAACCAUACUUAUUAUAGGUCAACUUUUCUUUUACCGUACUUCCCCUGACAUUAUUUUAGAUUGAUGGAACUAAGAAAGCUCCAUCUGAACUCUUCUCUGUAUAAGGAGGUGUCAAUUUGUGUGGGAUAAACUGCAUUUUCCGUUACCACACAACUCAGCACAUUUGGUGUAUUCAAACCAUAUGUGAAGUGACUUUAGCGUCGCAUUUCCUCCAAAAAACAGCUGGUGUAGUGUAUUUUAGAGUGUCUCACAAACUAAAAAUAUUCUUAACAACCUAAGGGAGUAACGCGAGGAAGAACUUUGUUUGUUUUAAAGCUAGGACAGCUGGGAGUUAGAACCAAGUGACCAAAUUCAGAACCCUUGUAGUCCUGUUAUUUCACUCACUUAGCCUGUGAGUUUUCCUUCUAAUGUUGUGACUCUCAGUAAAAUCAUUGAAUUGUGGAGCACAAGGUGCCCACAGAUCAUUUUAAUUUUCCACACAGCUUCAGUGAUAACACUAAAACGUGAAGCGUGAUAUUAAGUUCUUACGUUCUUCCACAAUGUUUCAUUCUCUGUGACUUCAGGGGGAUUUUUACUGGCAACGUGAAUUUUUUCACUCAAGAUGAAACAUGUCAUCUCCAGCAGCAUUGUUAUUGCAUUCAAUAAUGUAGUCCAGCGCAAAUGAGCCUCGAAAUGUGAUUGUGCAUUGCCUUUGUUUGUAUCAUGCUGCUAAAAUGUAAUUUGAGUUUUGUUUGAUCCCAUCAUUGCCGUUUUGGACAGGACAUUAUGAAAAAGUUCUCAAGCAGCAAUGUUCCUUUACUUCACACGGUUUGUUAGUUCCUGUGCAAUUACUUGAUCAUGGACAGCACAUGGUGUAAUUCUUAAAAACAUAGCUCCAUGGACUACUGUUAAAGCAAUAUGUAAAGCUCAAUACGUCAUCCAUACUUUUCUGCAUUAUGCUCAUCAUGUGGGGAAACAUUCUUGCAACUGCUUGAAAGUCUUUGUCCAUUCAUUCAGACUGUGCUUUAAUUUUGAUAAUACGACUAAAGGAUGCAGUAAAGUACAGAUCUUUCUUUAUAUUGUUCACUUAGCUUGCCUUUUCCCCACCUGACCUAAAAAAACUAAGAAAUUGUAAAUAUCAGCCAAAAGAUGGAAUCAAAGAUUUUUUUUUCCAGCUGUCUUAAACAUAAUUCCAUUUGCCAACUGUUGUAUAAAAUGUCCCAAAUCUUUCAUGUUUACUGUUGAAUAGCUGUAAAGUGCUUUUUUUCCCCUCCCCAUCUUCAUAGACCAGACCAAGUCCUUUGGGAGUGUUCCCUGACAAUAAUCCUUUAACAAGAGUCUGUAGUAAUAGUUCUCAAAAGGACCCUUGACUUUGUAUGUAUUUGUUUAUAUUAAUUUAUUUAAUUUUGUAAAUGUUAAUAGGUAUUUUUAUAUUUCAUAUGAAGUGUUAUAGCAACAUGCACAUGAAGAAAUAUGUUUACAGUUGCGAUGUAUUUGUUUGGAACACAAUGUGCUUUCUAAAUGUAAUGUUGGUUUCAGAUUGGCCGCUACAUUUCUUGGAGUGUAACCUGCCACUGUAGUAAGGACGUGUUGUAAUUGAUGUUAAUUACAGCAUGUUAAAUACUUGAUUCCUCAGAACUUAGUUGACAGUCUACUAAACGUCCUGUUAUUUAGGAGUGAUGCUGUCAAGUUGGUAUACACCUGCAAAGCCAUGUCACUUGUUUAAUGUUGGUCCACUUGUCGAGUCAUUUCAGUCAUUAAAAACGCUGAAUUUAAA